AGGUUGUGCAUUCCUUUCCAAGGCAUCUGUGAGCCUGCAGAGCAGACACCAUGAGCAAAGCUCACCCUCCUGAGUUGAAAAAAUGUAUGGACAAGAAAUUAUCAUUGAAAUUAAAUGGUGGCAGACAUGUCCAAGGAAUAUUGCAGGGAUAUGAUCCAUUUAUGAAUCUUGUGAUAGAUGAAUGUGUGGAGAUGGCAACUAGCGGGCAACAGAACAAUACUGGAAUGGUGGUAAUACGAGGAAAUAGUAUCAUCAUGUUAGAAGCCUUGGAACAAGCAUGAAUAAUGGCUGUUCAGCAGAGAAACCCAUGUCCUCUCUCCAUAGGGCCUGUUUUAAUGUGAUGUAAAAAUUAGGUCAUGUACAUUUCACAUUAGACAUUU